UAUCACCUAGGUAUUUUUUUAACCCCGCCGAACUACCGAAACUGACCGCAACACGCCAGCUGCGAAGAAGUCAGUACGCGAGCGCAAGGCAGUCGUUAUCCAUUCAAGAUAAGCUCCCAACUCCCCAUUUCGUCUCCAUUACGUGUAAUCCACCGAAUCUUCCCUUUCAUUUCAAUUCCCCCUUUUCUGCUUCUGUUUUCUCUCGAUCCAAAUAGAAAAUCGAGGUUAAAGGAAUAAGAACUUUGUGGGAACCAUGAAAAUGGGUUUUUAGUUCGAUCUUCGAUUUGGGUUUUCACUGUUCUGUGUGUUUGUUUGUGCGUGUGUGUGUGAUUGUAUUUAGUUGUGGGUUGAAUGAUUUUCGCAAGAAUCAAAUAAAAGUGUGCUGAUCGGAUCUAUCCACUUGCUGUUCUUGUUGUUGACUGGUUUUAGUCUCGCCAAUCCAAUCACGCCCCCCCCUGUUCCAUAAGGAUUUCUUUGAUUUUAUCCUUUUUGGUUGAUUCUUUCAAUAAAAUCGUUGUUGGGUUUUCUUUUGAUCGAAGAAUUAUGAUGCGACGGCAGCAGCAAGAUGAGCAAUCGAGUGUUUUCUACGAGCUUUCUUCUCUUGUUAUGAAUAUCCUCCGAUCGCCCCCGUCGGCGAUCCCGUCUUCCGAUCAGUCGUCGAUGGUUUCAGCCGUGUCGUCGCGGCGGCCGAUUCCGAUGCAGAUAACUCCGGCGGGGUUUGCGUCGCUACUUCUAGGGAUUUCUUUGGCUCUGAUGCUCUGUGGAUCGGUUACGUUCUUCAUCGGCUUUAUGAUGAUGCCUUGGGUUAUUGGAUUGGUUAUGUUUUUCUAUGUCGCUGCUGUGGUUUCGUGCCUGUCCAUGAUCGGACGCUCGAUUUUCUGCUACGCUACGGCUCCGUCUAGACAGGAUAUUCCAGCUUGGAAACUAAUGUGAAGAGGUAGAUGAUGAUGGAAGCAAGCGACGACGGUUUACGGUGGUGGCGGGUAGCUCUAACUUACUAGAUGCUGCAUUGUCGGGUGACUUUCUUUAGUUAAUAAGAAUAUUUACUGAAACCACUACACCUAAAUGUGAAAUUCUCUAUUUAUAAUCAUUUAUAGAAUUAAAAAAAUUA